AUGGCAUUUUAUUAUGAAUCAGAAGAUCUGAAUUUAAGAAAGAAAUAUAAUAACUUACAAUAUGACGAAUUGGAAGAGUAAGAUAAAUAGAGUGCUGCAUAUUGCAUAUCCGAAUAAUAGAUGACGAAUAAAUAGCAUGAAGAAUAAUUGCAAAUGGAUUUUGAAAUAAUAAUAAAGGAUAUUAAAAAUAUGUGUGUUUAUUUUACAUAAAAAUUCAUUUUGUAAAAUGAAAACAAUUACUAAUUGCAAAAAUUUCCAUUUAUAAAAGUGAAGAAUAGAGUGUGUCAUAUAUUUGAAAAAUACCAAGAACAAAAUACAUUAUUGGAUUCAAUUUUAGAGUAGAUUUGUGUUAGUUUGAUGGAUGUUGUAAAGGUUUAUGUGUUAAAGUAUGUUAACAAUUUUGGGAAAAGUAUUUGUGAAGAGUUUCAUAAUAUUUGCGAUACAAUUUAUAUUCUGACAAAAGUGAGAGGAAUAAGAACUAUCAGUAGAUAUUGUCCACACGAAGUAUGCAAUUUGGAACCAGUUGUUAUGUAUUUAUAACAUUGUUCCACAGAUCUUAAUUAGAAUUGGGAAACUAAAUAUGUUAUUCUAAUGUGGUUAAGUAUUAUUGUAUUAGUUCCAUUUGAUUUGAAUUCAAUAGAUUCGUAAAUCUAUAAUGCCAUAUAAGACACAUUCACUUCAAGUAAUACAAUCAUAACCUCAUUGUUAAAUUUGGGAGUCAAUUAUUUAAAAUCAUCUACAAAGUUAAGAAAUAUGGGUGCUUUAUAUUUGUCUAAGUUAUUUAGUCGAACAGAUAUUUUGAAAUGCAAUCUAUUGGAACAAUUUUUAUUCUGGAGUGUCAAAUAAAUUCAUGAAUUGCAAGAUAAUAUUUUAAAUACUUUCUACAUAACAGGGAUAUUGGAAACAUUGGUAGAAAUCCUAAAGGUUGUCUAAAGAGAUGUUUUAAAAGACAACUUGCAAAUUUUAUUGCCUUUACUCAAUUUGAAAUAGCAAGGUACCUUAAUUAAUCUGUUUCUAACUAAAUUAACCUAGAGGAUUGGAUUGGUAUACUUGAGACCAAGAGUAGUUAGUUGGACAUAUAAAAAAGGUACAACAAAUCUAUAAUAAACAUUAAAAAUUAUUGAUUAUUCAAGAAUUGUCACCAACUCACAAAUAUCAAGAUAAAAUUAAUAAUUACAAUAAUAAUAACUAUCGAAUAUAUUACUAGAAGAUGUGGAUUAUUUCAUUGAUGUUGAUUAGGAAGGAUUAGAAAUUGUUGUAGAUACUUUAUUAUAAUAAAUAAUAAAUAAGGAUACAGUUGUUAGAUGGUCAGCUGCUAAAGGUAUUGGCAGAAUCUGUGCUAGAUUGAAUUUAGAUUAAGCAGAUGAUAUUUUCAAUUCAUUAAUCAACACCUGCUUUACACCAAUAAAUGGUGACACAGCCUGGCAUGGAGGUUGCUUAGCAUUAGGGGAAUUAUGUAGAAGAGGAUUGAUUCUUGAAAACAAAUUAGAAUCCAUCAUUCCCAUAAUUUGCAGAGCCUUGAUUUUCGAGUAGAACCAAGGAGGCUAUAGUGUUGGUGUAAAUGUUAGAGAUUCAGCCUGUUUCAUCGCUUGGUCAGCUGCAAGAGCUUAUGAUCCAGAAAUAUUAAAAAAUCAUGUUCUCUCUUUGGCACAACAUUUAGUGAUUGUUAUGAUAUUUGAUCGAGAAGUAAAUGUUCGAAGAGCAGCAUCUAGUACUUUUUAAGAAUUAGUAGGUAGAUGUCCCAAUAUUAUACCACAUGGUAUAAGUAUUCUAACAGAAGCUGAUUAUUUUUCAUUAGCUAUGAUUCAUAAUGCAUAUUUAAGAAUUGCUCCAUUUGUCGCUUCCUAUCCUGAAUAUUAUAAAUAGAUGGUUGAUCAUUUGGCUUUCAUUAAAAUAUCAAGUCAAGAUAAAGAAGUUAGAAAGUUGGCAGCUAAAAGUUUGGGAAGAUUACUUGUUUUGGAUCCAACCUACUUUAAGGACAAUAUGAUUUAUGAAAGUGUUUUAAAAAUGAUACGAUUGCAAUCACUGAAUUAUAAACAUGGUGCCUUAUUUGCUUUAGGAGAUUUACUUAUAGCAUAAUCAGGAAAUAUCACUAAGAAUUCAGAAGAAAAAGAAUUGAAAGAUUCAGUUUUCUUAAGAACCUUAACUAAGAAUGACAGAUAAUUAGCAAAAGCUGGAGAACAUAUCACAAUUUUCAAAUCUUAAUAUGAGAAAUUACUUUAAGUAGACAAUAUGAAUUUGCUUUCACAAAAAAUAAUAGAUAACAUUAUGCAAACACCUCAACUAUUAGAGGACUCUUUGAAAGGGAAGAGUGGAGAAUAAAUUAGAAUUGCUGCCUACAGAUUAAUUGAAUGUAUCUCUAUUUCUAAAUUACCACUUUAAAUUGAAUAACAUGCAUACUACUUGAAAUUUAUAGAAGAUGGAUUAAAGAAUCCUUUGGAAGAAAUACAAUUAUCAGCAGCCAAAGCUUUAAGAUUAUUAAGUAAUCAAUAUCAAACAAAAGAUCAAUUUUAGAUAGAUGGUAAAGAAUUUUUAAAAAGAGUUAUAAAACAAUUAAAUCAAAAGUCUACUACUGUUCAAGUUCUUAUACAAGGAGGCUAUGCUUAAAGUGUUGGAUCCUUUUCACCAUAAGUACUACAUGGCGAAGAUUUAAGUAUAUUGUACACUAUUGGUUUAUCAAAGAAAAGAGCAAAAUUAACAAGUUGGAGUAUUGAUCCCGAUACUCGAAAAUAUGCUAUAAAGUCUCUUGGAUAAGGAAUUAUAAAUUAGUUAAACAAUAAUUUAAAUUGUGAUGCUCAACUCUUACCUUUUAUUGAUUGCAUUCUUUAUGCAAUGUUAGAUUACACAGUAAAUAAAAAAGGAGAUGUUGGUUUAUUUAUUAGAGAAAAUUCAAUUAUUUCUAUUUAAUCUAUUUUAGCUAGUUAUGUAGGUUACAUUGAGAGAAAUCAAAUUAAUAAUAUUAUUAUAAAUGAAUAAUAUAUUAUUAAAAUUAUUGGAUAAUUAUUAUAGCAAUUAUGCGAAAAGAUUGAUAGAGUGAGAUUAUUAGCUGGAAGUGUUUUGUAAGAUUUAUUUAAAUCGGUGUUACCUAAAUUGUAAUAAUUUGAAAAUUAUGAAUAAAUAUCGGCAAUAUUCUCAACUGCUAACUUAUAAUAGACUAUAAUAAAGGAUUAAGAAAGAGUUGAUCAAACAUUUUAAAGCGAAAUUAUUGAGGCUGAAAUUAAAAAUCUAAAAGAUGUUCUAUAAAACAUCGGAAAAACGGAUCUAAUUUAUCAUUGGAAUCUACCACAUUGUUGUUAUAGACUAAUUGUUCCCAUUCUUGCAUAUCCUACAUUUUGUAGAUACAUCCUAACCGGAUUAUGUAUAAGUGUGGGAGGAAUUAGUGAAUCAAUCCAAAAAUAUAGUGAAGAAGCUUUAGUAUAAUAUAUCCAUAUGAAUCAAAAUCUUGAUCUUUUAAUGGUUAAUUUAAUCGAAAUCCUAAAAUUAUACGUGCUAGAUGAAAGAGUCGUUAUACCUUUGUUUAAAACAGCAUCACUAGUUUUAUAAAAGGAAGAAAUAUAAUCAUUACCUAUGAUUAAAUAAUACACUGAAAUGCUGUUCUAAUUAAUAUAUAAAGAAACUCAUAAGACUCAAUCAAUUAAUAAAUUAGCUGCAAGCGUAUAACUAAUAAUUGAUAUUUUAUCAAUCAAUAUAGGAUUGUUUCAUCAAAUUAUUUAACACAUUUAUGAUAUAUUAACUAGCGAUUUACCUAAAAUAAGAAAACAAUUAGCCGAAGCAUUUUACUUGUACUUGUUAUCUCAUGAUAAUGAAGAAUUGAUAUCUAUGGACAAUAAUUGUUUGUUAUAAGAUUACUUAUUAGAAACUGAUUGGCUAUCUGUAUUUAUUUAAUCUUAUCAUUAUUAGGAGGAAUUAGAUUAAAAUAUUGACUAGUGUAGAAACCAAUUAAAAUAAUUAUUAAAUUUAUGA